CAAAUAUUGGAGUUUGUAAAUUAAAAGAAAACAGUGAAUGAAAUUUCCAGAAUACUGAUCAGUGUUCAGUAUUAUACAUUUUUAUAAAUUUAACAUGCUUUUUAUUUAUUUGGAGGUAUAACAUAAUAAAACAUUCACUAUGAAUAAGAAACGAAAGACUCAUUUAUUCGACUUGUAUUGGGAAGACAUAAUAGUAGCUAAAAUUAUGCCUCUACUUACUAUUCAGGAAUGUUUUACAUUUCGCAGUGUAUCGCGGACUUGUCUCCAAAUUGUAAAUAUGUAUUUUUCCAAGUUAAAAUCUUUGAAACUAAUGAACAAGGGGUUUUCGCCUCACACCUUUAAUGUAUUUGGCACAACAUGUUCGAAACUUAAACUGCUCAAUUUAAGUAGAUGUGAUUCCAUAACAGAUACAGAAUUGAUCCCUUUACUACGUAGAAAUACUGGAUUGAUUCAUUUAAAUUUGAGCCAAUGCAAGAACCUAACUGCAAAAUGUCUUCAACCUGUUAUACUAUAUUGUGAUAAUUUAAAAAUUCUGAAGUUAGCACGGUGUUCUUGGCUUACAUCAGGAGCUAUUGAAGCCUUAGCUCUUCAUAAGAGUGAACUAGAAGAUAUAGAUUUAGCCUAUUGUGUUUCAAUAUCUGAAAGUUGUAUAUUGAUAUUCAUAAAAAAGUUUCGGCAGAUAAAGACAUUAAAUCUGGAGGGUAAUAAGCAAGUAACAGAUAAGUGUUUAUACACUAUGUCUAAGUAUAGUAAAUCACUGAAACUUCUCAACUUGGGUGGCUGUUGUGAUGUCACUGAUAAGGGAGUAAGAGCUCUAGCUCUCCAUUUGCCACAGCUGCAAGGUUUACUUGUGCGAGGAUGCACCAAAGUCACAGAAAACAGCCUACAACUCAUGCGAAAUCGAGUCCAUAUUGAUAGAAGACCAUCACAAGCAGUGCCAUUACCUGUGUAUGUGCAAAUAUAAUUGCGGUUGUGUUAUAGCUUAAUAUAGAACAUUCUUAUCAAGACUUAGGGACUAAAUUGCAAUAAUGUUUUUUUUAAUUAUGUAUAUAAUUAUAUUUCUGUUGACUAAUUUGCUUAUUACCCAAUCCAUCUUUCGAAACAGAUAUUUUUUUUUACUUAAUGACAUCACCAUAUAUAAAAAAUGUAAAUAAAUGGCUUAAGUUAGAAUUAGCCCUGCUGAAAAUUUCUUGUAACUGUAUUAUUUUAUUUCUUUGAACUUUUAUAGGCUUUAAGAGGAAUAUUUAAGAUCUCAAGAAUUUUUACAUAUUUGUUGUUAAUAUAUUGGAUACAUUUUUUUGUUGUAAAUAUUAAAUAAAUUUUAAUAGAGUAA